AUGACUACUGCAAUCGAUACGUUCAUUUAUCUUCAACGAGAUAUUGAACAGUCAUUCCAACGUGUUCAAACUAUCUGUAGUUCUUCUCAUUAUGAUCAACAAGAACUUAAUCAAAUCUUGAAUCACAUAUCAUGUACGCUUGAUGAUUUACAAAAAGUAAAUCAAUUAAUCGAUUCAAGAUCUACACUUGAAAAUCAUCCUGUGAAUAUUACAUCCAAUCGAAAUGCUUCCCAUUUAUUAAAUUUAUCUGACAAUGAAAAUGAUUUUAAUGAAGAAAAUAUAAAAUUUAUACAGCAAAAGCCUAAAACUGAAAUAUCUAUUAAAGAUGAAACACAAAAAAAUAUUAGAAUUAGUUAUUCAAAAGAAAAUGAAAAACCAUUAUUAUCUUCUAAUUCAAACAUAAUCAAUACUAAAACAGUUCUCCUACCGUCAUUUAAUGAACGUGAAGAUAUUAUUAAUCAUAUAAAAUUACAAUAUGAUUAUUAUAAAAAUAAAAUUCAACCAAUAAAUAA